AGAAAGCGCCGACUGGCCUUUGAGGUUUGUGUCAAUGGGUAGCAAAAAUCUGCGAUUUUGAUCGGAAAACAGAAACUAAGGUGACGGGGAAAACACUUUAAUGACCGCCGGGAGAUAGGUACUUAAUAAGCAGGGCCAAGAUGGAUGACAUCAACCUACACUACAGGUUUCUGAACUGGCGACGACGGAUACGAGAGAUCAGGGAGGUGCGGGCAGUGCGCUACCAGGAGCGCUACAAGAGAAUGCUGAAGGAUGGAGACACCCUCAGUUACCAGGGGAACUCCGAUGAAGUGGGCUGCUACGUGGCGCCCCGGCCCCUGUCGAAGGGGAACUGCUACUUUGAGGUGACCAUAAUGGACACAGGGGUGAGGGGGACAAUCGCCGUGGGCCUGGUGCCACAGCAUUACAAACUGGACCACCAGCCUGGGUGGCUCCCAUACUCCAUCGCCUACCACGCUGACGAUGGCAAACUCUACAAUGGCAAUACUGUGGGCCAACAGUUUGGGCCCAAAUGCAGCCGCGGGGACAGGAUUGGUUGCGGGAUUUACUUGGACUCUUUUGACGCUGGUCUGACGACUGUCUUCUUCACCAAGAAUGGCAAAGAGGUGGGCUCGGUGGUGUUCCCGGCCUCACCGGACGGGCUCUACCCCGCCAUUGGGAUGCACUCACUAGGGGAAGAGGUGCGGCUGGACCUGCAGGCGGAGUGGGGGGCGGACGAGGACGACAGCGUGAUGAUGGUGGACAGCCACGAGGAUGAGUGGGGGCGGCUGCAUGACGUGAGAGCCACUGGCACGCUGCUGGAGUACAUGGGCAAGGGGAAAAGCAUUAUGGACGUGGGGCUGGCUCAGGCACGCCACUCCCUCAGCACCCGCAGCCACUACUAUGAGGUGGAGAUUGUCGACGCCGGGGAGAAGUGCUACAUCGCCCUGGGCCUGGCCCGCCGGGACUACCCCAAGAACAGACACCCAGGAUGGAGCCGAGGGUCGGUGGCGUACCAUGCUGAUGAUGGGAAGAUCUUCCAUGGCAGCGGAGUCGGGGACCCCUUCGGCCCACGCUGCUUUGAGGGCGACAUCAUGGGCUGCGGGAUCAUGUUCCCACGGGACUACAUCCUGGAUAGUGAUGAUGACAGUGACGAGGGGGACUUCUUUGAGGUGCGGCCCAAGCAGAGACGGGUCCAGAAUGUUCUCUACCUGAAUGAUGAAGAUGAAGAGGAGGAGGGAGAGGACAUGGAACAGGAGCAUGAAGGCAGGAAGGUCAUGGUGUUCUUCACCCGUAAUGGGAAGAUCAUCGGGAAGCGGGAGGCGGUGGUCCCGGCGGGGGGGUUCUACCCCACCAUCGGGAUGCUGAGCAGUGGGGAGAAAGUGAAGGUGGACCUGCACCCCCUGAGCGGAUGAGCGGGGGCCCACACUCUGAGACUGUCUGGGCACAGGGGCGAGGCCAGGCCUUACCACACCUUCCCCCCUCCCUCCCUCACACAUCCAGCCUCUACUCUGCCCAAAAUGAUCAAAAUGACACUUUUUAUUAUACAUUUCCUUUAAAGCUUACAACAGAAGUUAAGUUAUUCUAUUUUUACUAAUUUUUUUAGCUAGGCUUGGCACAGAAGGCAUGGCAAAUUUGUAUAUCAGAGCAUCAAAAUCUAAAAACCCAAGUGAAUGGAUUAGAUAUGUAGCAGCAGAAACCCUGCUGGCAGUGGCUGCUAUGGCCACCAGGGGGGCCCAUUUCUCCAUGAUGGUUAAAUACAAUACAUUCUCGUGCUGCUCAGUGGUGGUUAUCGGUGAAAAUGAAAGUCUUCAAGAGCCUGUGGUUCUUCCUGCUUUAUACUGUCUAAAUGGUUAUGUUUAAGGGCUUGUUAGCAAACAGAAAAAAACAAAUGGUAAAACUGAGACUUAUAAACUGUACAUAGAUAAUAGUCCAUUUUUUAAUGUUAUUACUUGAAUAUAAACCUAACUGCAAGAUAUCACUGUGGUGCAAAGCAUGUGGUUCCAUAGGCAUGUUUGAAUAUUGUGCUGGUUGUGCACAGCAGGUUGUCCUUAGAGCUCAAUUAAAGCUGUUGGUAGGUGAGGCAGGUGGUGUUAGUCUGAACCGCUAAUUCCCUGCUAGCGUUGCAUGCUUCCAUUUCUUUUGUUCAAAGGAAUUACAGGAGUGUGGCUCGCGAGGUAAGGGCUGCAGAACCGGAACCACAUUUUCCGUGAGUCCCUGUGCCUCUGAAUGUGAAUCUGGCGCCCUCCAGUUCGUUUCAGCCAGCACAGCGUGCUGCUGUCAUCUUGUUCCUCUCAAAGGUGCGUUUCACCACCAUACAAGCUCUGUCCCUCGUGCAGCUGUCAGAAACCAUGCCCACUAGUGGUGAGAAGAAAGAUCAGUCCUGCUGUUGUUAACACUGAAUUGUUUUUUAACAGGCAGAGUGACUGAAUCGCGCUUUCAUUCAGAUAGGACUAGCAUGAAAUCUGAAUAUUAAUUUUGCUGUAACAUUUGUAGUCACAACACGGGUAGUAAUUCCUGAGGGGCAAAGAGAAGGGCCCCCAUUCAAGAACUCCUUGGAAGUGCCAACAAGUGCACCUCGCCAACCUGUAGCAGGUUGAUCAGCGGCCAUUUUACAGGGCUCUGCCUCAUGAAACCGCUACUUCUAAGCAACUCUAGCGAGAGCUCUCUAACCCAUCCCUAGCAGAGUCUUAGUCCAGCCACCUCCAGUGUUUCCAGGCUAUCCAUAACAUUAACAAUAAUGCUAUUGCGUUUUUAGCGGCAACACGUGACAGAGCAGAGAAGUCAGGAAUCUCUGGUCUGUGUGGUUUACUCGCACUGAAGGAUCCGUAGCAUUUGUAGGGUGGCACGCUCUCCUCUUCCUCAAUACCAAUCGGCCUCACAAACGCAUAUUAUUUGUACACAGACGGCUAAAAGCCAAAACCACACGCCAUAUGCUGUUGUCACAAGCACUUUACAGAUGUGGACUCCCAACAGCCACUGAGCCAGAGGUUGUCGCGGGUCUCGGAUCAGCGCGUUUGGGUCGAUUUCAGGGAAAGCCUCCUGUCUGAAUUGAAGGGUAGACCAUUACCAUCUUUUAACCUUUUUGUUUUUCUUAAUUAAUAAAAACGAGUUAGAAUUGAGUUAAACAUUUGAAACAAGUUUGGUUACGUGUUCAUCACUUUUCCUUUUAGUAGUUAUAACUGCCCCGUUGCGGUUUCUGUAUCCUGUUCUUUUGAAAGGCUAAUAAAGAGGAAGUUAUUAACUGCGUUUGUGUUGAGCGUGAUGGUGACGCAGGUCACGCCCCUGUGGAUGUGGGGCUGCCUCUCCAUCACUGGAGGACGGAUGGCCUGUCCUCUUAUUGCAUAGUUGUUAGUAACAGGGCAUGUCUGAAACAGUGGUAUUCUUCCAUGGAGGGGUGCAUUUAUUUAUUACACGCUUACAGGCAGGGGAGAUGCCACAGAAGGACACUAUCGUCUGGAGUGAGAUUUGCAAUGAUAUAGACAACAAUCAUUAGUUUUAUAUAACAAAGUAUAUCUCAAGGGAUAUUUGCAAUGUAAUUAGCAUCUACAUCAGAUUACACAUACUUAGCAAUAUAUGCAACCCAAGUCUGUGCCUAUAUGGCUGAUACAUUGGUGCCUUCUUGUGGUAAAAUUUAAGCAUCUUGCACUGGGGUGAAUUUCAACAUGCACUUUCCUCUGAUUGGUCAGGUGAGGUUCCAUGUGACACACCUGGACAAAUCGUAUAUGAGGGGAAGAAAUGGCAUACCCUGCUUUGGGUACUUUCUGCCCUUGACAACAGAUCUAAGAUCAUCUUGCCCACCCCCAAUCUUAACCCCAUCCCUGUACUGUUAAAUUUUGAUUAUGAUCCCGGAUCAGUUGCUGAGGACAGAAAGCGCGCACGCCAACUCUGAAUCCCACAGCUGGCCCAUGGAUGUUGGCUUUAUCAGUAUAUCAAAUCAUAAGAUUAAAUGCAGGUGCCAAGCAGCUGUCAGAGGAGGUGAGGUCAGGGGUAAGAAGGCAGCGUUCAGAUGACCAAGUGUUCUGGGUGGCAGGAUAGGUUUAGCUGUGGGGCUGCACAUCCAGUUAUGUGUUAGAAGAUGAUCUGUCAGCCCUGCCCACCAUUCAGUCAAUGGCUGUUGCUCAGUACCUCCUUUCCAGCAGCUGCACUGCUGUUAAUGUGUACAUAGAGAUGUUUAUAUCCCAAAAUAAAGCUAUUUCCAUAGAGCUUUGC